AAACAAACGCCAAGUUAGAGAUUUCACACCUUUUUGAAAAUUGCACUGUGGAAGAUGUGACCACUCAGUGGACACAGCUUGUAGAUAAAUUCAGAAGAGUUAGGAAGGUGUCCAACAUCGAGGAUCCAACAGGGACUUCCGCAGUGGGACUUGUACCACACAAUGUCUUUUCUGGACGAACACAUUAAACAGAGAGCCAGGUUUACCAAUCUUUCUUCAGCAAAGGUACUACAUAUUGAUUUAGUUCAAGAACGUGGUGUGGAUCAAAUGGAGAAUGAAGAAAUUGGAAAUACUGACAAAGACAAUGUACUCUAUUGGAAUGACGUGUCAUUCGUAUCAGUAAACGAUACACAGUCACUAACUCUAGACAACGAAUCCCUUGUUAACAGCGAAGAUUCUCUACCAAUUUCAGAUGCUCUUCCAAGUUAUCCUGAUAGCCGUAUAAAGCGCAAACGGAAAUUAGAAGAGUCUGAAGCGGAAAAAAAUAUUUCAUCGCUGGUGUCGCAGUUGAUUAAUGAUAAACCAAAUCAUACUGUGAUAGAGAAAACAGAAGAACUUGACGCAGUGACAAAGGAGUGGAGAAAUUAUUGCAAAGUUUUCGCCGAUAAAGUUGCUAAGAUCAAGAGUAAUAGCAUAAAGGACGAAAUACGAUUCAAAAUGGAACAAUUGUUAUAUGAAGCAGGGAAGAAAGAGAAGGAAAAGUCAAAGAUGAGGAAGAUGAAGGAAGAAGAUAGAUUAAAUCAAUCUUAAACAUUCUCGAGAUUGCAAUGAAACAAAAUGAUUGUAUUACGUUGCUCAUCGUUAUUACAAACAUCAAUGAUCUCAGCAAUACAAAUCAUUUCGAGCAA